CCAAGGUGAGACAAUGGCACCAAGGCCGAGUGACAAGGUGUUCGACACUUUCAAGCAGCGCAUUCUGGGUUGCCUGCCGGGAAAUACAAGCAUCUUUCCCGAGGUUCCAGCAAUUGAAGUGGCCUACGAAGCUUUCAAGCAGCACCAAGAAGAGCACGACCCCCAACUAUCAGAGGAGUUAACGGAAGAGAAGGUAUUCUUCAUUACUGCCUGCCUCUCAAGUUGUGCCAAGACACCUACUGACAACCUCUACGGCGGGGACUGUAACAAGGCGAUGAUGAACUUCGCACCGUUUGCCGAAGCCUUCGGUUGUCCAGCGGGCUCCAAGAUGAAUCCGGCUGAAAAAUGCACGUUUUACGAUUGACAUUGGUAACCAAACGUAUGAUGUGUUGAUACAGUGUUGUUUUUUUACUGUCUUGUGUAUAAGUCAUAAGUACCGCUUGUUUAUGGUUUGGUAAUGA